UCUUUUUUUUUUUCUCUCUCUUUUUUUCUUCCCCCCCCCCCCUCCUUUUCUUCAUCUCUCCAUGGAGUAAAAAAAAAAAAAAAAAAAAAAAAGGGGACCUUGAUGAGGAAAGACAAAAAAAGAAGCUUGUGUGUGUGUGUGUGUGAAGAGAAAAUGUAACUGGUGCGGUUUUCAAAUAAAUGGAUUGUAACAACUUUUUUUUUUUUUUCUGUACUAUAUAAAAAAACUUUCCCUCCUUUUUUUUUCUUUUCUCUCUUUUGUACCUUUUUUUUUUUUUUCUUUUGUUCUAUAUAUACAUAAAAAUGGGUGCUUUAUGCUGUAAACAAGAAGAAAUCGACGAAAGCGGAGGUGAGAUUGAAAAUAGAGAUAAGAAGAGAGAGAGAAAGAAAAUUAACGGACGAUUUUUAAUAUGUAAAAAAGGACCGGAAUUAAAUCAUUUCCAAGUACUCAAGAUCAUUGGAAAAGGUGGAUUUGGUAAAGUGCGGAUUGUACAACACAAAAAGACACAACGACGCUAUGCACUUAAAUACAUGAAUAAGACACAAAUCAUCAAGGAUAAGGCAGUAGGCAACAUCCUAUCCGAACGUCGCUUACUCGAACACAUCGAUUACCCUUACAUUGCUAAUAUGCGUUAUGCCUUUCAAGAUGAUGAAACCUUGUUUAUGGCACUUGAUCUCAUGUUGGCCGGCGAUUUACGUUUACAACUCGAAAAUGACCCUAAACGAUUUAAUGAAUUACAAGUACGACAUCAUGUUGCCACUUUGGCCUUAUCCUUGGGCUAUCUCCAUAAAAAGAGAAUCGUUCAUCGAGAUAUCAAACCAGAAAAUAUUCUCACUGACGCUAAAGGAUAUGCUCAUCUCGCUGAUUUUAAUAUCGCCACUCAGUUAUCUCCCAGUCAACCAUGGAUUUGGUCAAAAGGGGGUACCAUCGCUUACAUGGCACCCGAAAUACUCGCCAGAAAAGGUUAUUCAACCUCCGUCGAUUGGUGGAGUUUAGGCAUUGUUACUUUCGAACUCUUAUUUGGCAUGCGUCCAUUUACAGCCUCAUCCAAAGAAGCUCUAGUUCAUUCCAUAUUGCAUCAUACGCCCGUCUUUCCUGACAAUGUGUAUGAGAUUGUAUCAAAAGACUGUAUUAACGUCAUCACCGGUUUGCUGGACAAAUCGCCCUUCCAUCGGUUGGGGUGCAACACGGAUGGAUUUGAGAAAUUCAAGAUGCAUCCUUGGUUUCGAGGUUUGGAUUGGGAUUUAUUAGAAAAGAAGCAGCUGACCCCACCCAAUAAGCCUACCACAACUCAGUAUAGACUGUUUACGGAGGAUGGGUUGAUCUCUCACAAUAAACGACAUUCAGCUGUCAAAACUAGUAGUAGUAUGGAUGUAUUAAACCCUGUCACGGAAGAAGCGAGAUAUCGAAUGCAGUUGGAAGAUGAAUUCUUAAACUUUGAUUAUUCCCAGCACGGUAUGGUCGAAACAGAUUCCGACACGGGAUUUUUAGAGGGAAGAAGAAAUUCACUCAAGAGACACUAUGAUCGCUUUAAACGCAGAUCUCAAUCUAUUACCACUUUUGAACCUUACUCUGAUUAGUUUGUUUGUUUAUUUAUUUCUCUUUUUUUAUUAAUUGUACAUAUCACAUUCCUGUAUUAAAGCACUCCCCCCCCCCAUACACACACACUAUUUUAAACACAAAGUUUUUUAAUUCUUAAAUUGAAUAAGCAUGUGAUUAAACAAAGCAAAAAAAAAAAAAAAAAGAUCAUCACUUGCAUGCACAUCUUUCUCUCAUAUAUAUAUAUAUUUAUGUAUACAUUUCUUUCUCUCUCUCUCUCUCUCUCACACACACACACACACACACACACA